AUGGCCAACCCCCGUGUCGAGGAGCUUCCGGACGACGAGCCGACCAACGUCAAGGUCGAGGAGCAGGAUGAGGACAGCAGCGAUGCGGAGUCCGACAUUGAGGUCAACGCCCCCUCGGGCUCGACGACGGUUAUCCACUCGCGCAACGAGAAGAAGGCCCGCAAGCUGCUGGAGAAGCAGAACCUGGUCCGCGUUGAGGGCAUCACCCGCGUGACCCUGCGCCGCCCCAAGAACGUUCUGUUCGUCAUCAACAACCCCGAGGUCUACCGCUCGCCCAGCUCCGGCUGCUACAUCGUCUUCGGUGAGGCCAAGGUCGAGGACCUGAACGCCUCGGCCCAGCAGGCGGCUGCCCAGCAGCUGGCCAGCCACGACCACGACCACGCCGGCCACGACCAUGAUCACGACCACGAUCAUGACCACGACCACGGCGCCGAGGAGGGCGCCAAGAAGGAGGAAGAGGAUGAUGACGACGAGGAGGUCGACGCGACCGGCAUUGAGGACAAGGACAUUGAGCUCGUCCAGACCCAGGCCGGCGUGUCGCGCAAGAAGGCCAUCAAGGCACUGAAAGAAAACGACAACGACAUUGUCAAUUCGAUCAUGUCGCUGAGCGUGUAA